UCUAUUCAGAGAUCGCUCGUCACUCCUAUCGACUUUUAAAUAGUAGUUUAGUUCGAACCCACUAGGAGUCUCUAUACAUUCGUGGUUAAUCUUUAAACCGUUUGAAGUGAGGCACUUCAAAUAUACAUGACAGUCUUUUCGUUGCAUAUACAUCCAUAGUUUACAUAUGCGUAUAACUGGUACAUUAAUAUUAUCUUGCGCUUAGGCUUUACGAAUAGACGUAUUUGCAACAUUUAAAAUCUAUAUUUUUUAUACGUUCAUAUGAUUUGUAUUUUUUUACGUUUUCAUACUCGCAAAAGACAAAAUAAAUCAGUAAAUCGCGCGAAGCAAAGUAUCCUCGUAAAUAGACUGUACAUUAUUGUACCUACAUUGUACAUUCGUACGAGCGCCAUAAGUGGCUGUGUACCAUAACCUUAAAUACUCAAUGCUGAAAUAGUGGUCGGAAAAUUUUAAAUUCAAAUAUGAAUCGCGUGGAUUUUAAAGUCGUGUUAUUGGGCGAUGUGAGAGUGGGAAAGACGAGUCUCAUGGAACGAUACGUACGUAAUUCGUUUGACAGUGAACGACCCUAUCAGAAUACGAUAGGCACUGUGUUCGCAGCGAAGCGAGUACAAGUGAAUGAUGUGUCACUUGCAAUGGGAAUAUGGGACACCGCAGGCAGCGAACGAUACGAUGCGAUGACUAGAACUUAUUACCGCGGUGCAAAGGCUGCCAUAGUAUGUUUUGAUCUUAUGGAAAUGAGUACGUUCCAAAGGGCGAAACAUUGGGUGAGCGAGCUCAGAAGCAUCGAGGAAAAUUGCAGGGUGUAUCUGUGUGGCACGAAAAAAGAUUUGGUCGAAGAUUUUUCAUCGAGCAAUCCAGACACGAUGAAGCUGAUAAAAACGUACGCCUUAGGCACGCAAUCCAAGCUGUUCUUAACGUCAAGUAAAACGGGGGAGAAUGUAGUCGAAAUGUUCGACGAAAUUAUACAAGAUUUCGCAGCUAAUCCCGAGAAUUUGCAACAAAUGAUAGAAGAAAUCGAUCUAAACAAAAGGUCUGAGAAGAGAUAUUGUUGCGUAAUGAGCUAACGAAGUUAAGUAUUAAUAUUACGUAUUCGCGUCCGAUGCCUUCAAAUUUAUUUUAAGCUUAUCAGAUAAUAUCUCAGAUAAUUCUGACAGCGUAAUACGUAAUAGUUAUAGUUACAUAUAAUAGAUUUUUAACGUGUAUUGUUAAAAAUCAAUGUGAUAUUAUUUCGCUCAGUAACUUUCAUUUAGAAUUUUGUAUUGCAAUGUUAUAUUAGCACUGUGCAUACACAAUGUGUAUUUGUAGGUUAAAAGCAAAUACCUCAGCAAAUAACAAGUUUCUAAAGAGAUGUAUAAAAUACGUAUUAUACAAUCGAAAAAUAUUUUCAGAUAAAUAUUCUUAUGUAAUCCUUUUAAUUAUUUUAUUCGAAGCAUUGUUCAUUUGCAUUGGUAAGCGAUACCGUAUUGUGCACGAUUACUUCUAUCGCCGAUUGUGAUCAAAAAAUGUAGUUUUACUAUCUUAUUUUCGAAUGUUUCGUUGAAUGUAUCUUUUUCAAAAUUUUACGUGCUCCGGCUCAGAAUAGAUUGCACUUACGUUGUCAUAUAGGAACAUAUAAAACCGUCGUAUAUUUUUCAGAAUUUCUUAAAGCUGAAAAUCGAUAAAUGUUACUCGUUAAAAGUCUUAUUUUUCUCAUAACGCAUUAGUGAUAAGUAAAUAAAAAAAUUUUUAUUG